CUAGACCUCUCUCCUCUUCUUUCUCACCCCCACCUCAAAAAUUCAUGCUCGCGUUGGAACUCCCAACCAUUCUCGAUUCGGUUGAAGAUAGAGGUUUUCCUGUUCUCAAUUUUUCACCUUUGAAAUCGAAUUUAUUGUGCUCCACAAAUUCUUGUUAAUCCUUGGUUGUAUGCGGUUAGAGAAUUGGUUUAUGAAACAAAUGUAGUUUUCAAUUCAGUUGAAAUUGAAGACCUAUGAUAAAAUUUCGGUCGAAAAUUGUAUCUUUAGUAGUUUCUUCUUGUAUAUUAUAGUGCAGUAGCUUAUUUCUUGGUGUUGGAGUGCAAGUGGUGUAAAGAUUUCAAAAUUGGGGUUAUGAGCUUUAGGUUACUGAAAUGAAGAAUGUUGAAAUACCCAAAUGGCUUGAGAGGUUGCCUUUGGCGCCUGAAUUUUACCCCACUGAUACUGAAUUUGCCGACCCAAUUGCUUACAUAUCUAAGAUAGAGAAAGAGGCUAGUGCUUUUGGCAUAUGUAAAGUGAUUCCUCCAUUGCCAAAGCCGUCAAGAAAGUAUGUGCUUCAUAACUUGAAUAAGUCUCUCUCCAAGUGUCCGGAAUUGGAUGGUAAUGUGAGUCUUGUGCGGUCCUCAAAGACAGAUGAUCAUGUUAGGAGUGAAUGUGAUAGAAAGUCUAGGGCUGUUUUUACCACAAGGCAGCAAGAAUUGGGCUGUGAGAAGGGGAAAAAGGUGAAGGAGGGGGUCGGGGAUCACGUGCUCAGGGCUCAGAAGCAGGUCUGGCAGAGUGGGGAAGUUUAUACGCUUGAGCAGUUUGAGGCUAAGGCCAAGGCUUUCGCUAAGAGCACGCUUGGGGUUGUGAAAGAUGUCAAUCCCUUAGUUAUCGAGACCUUGUUCUGGAAAGCUGCUUCGGAGAAGCCUAUAUAUGUGGAAUAUGCGAAUGAUGUGCCCGGCUCCGGGUUUAGUGAGCCUGAGGGGCUGUUGCGUUACUUUGACAGACGCAGAAAGAGGAGGAAGACGAGGAAGAGGAACUCGUUUGACAGGAAUAAUUUAGGUAGUUCUGACAGCAAGAAUGAUCAAGUAGAAACAGUGAAUAGUGUUAGCAAUGAUAAUGAUUUGGGCAUCCAGAACAAUCCUAGUUCCCAUACAGAGACUGUUCUGAAUUGUCUACCUUCACAGCCUACACGUGAUGAUGCUUCCUUUUCUGGCCGGAAAGAUUCUCAAGAUAGGAGCGAAAUGGAAGGCACUUCUGGGUGGAAGCUUUCAAAUAGUCCUUGGAAUUUACAAGUCAUGGCUAGGUCAGCAGGAUCGCUAACUCGUUUCAUGCCAGAUGAUAUCCCUGGUGUGACGUCUCCCAUGGUUUAUAUUGGGAUGUUGUUCAGUUGGUUUGCUUGGCAUGUGGAAGAUCACGAGCUUCACAGCUUGAAUUUCCUGCACGUGGGCUCCCCCAAAACUUGGUAUGCUGUACCAGGAGAUGAUGCUUUCAACUUUGAGGAAGCUAUUCGUCUUCGUGCCUAUGGAGGAAAUCCUGAUCGGUUAGUUGCACUAUCUCACUUGGGGGAAAAGACUACUGUUUUGUCUCCUGAAGCUAUUGUUGCAUCUGGCAUCCCGUGUUGCAGGCUUGUACAGUAUCCUGGUGAAUUUGUUGUGACUUUUCCAAGAGCUUACCACAUAGGAUUCAGUCACGGUUUCAAUUGUGGAGAAGCUGCUAAUUUCGGAACUGCUAAGUGGCUUGCAAUAGCUAAAGAAGCUGCUGUUCGCAGAGCUGCCAUGAAUUACCUUCCUAUGCUUUCUCAUCAGCAACUGUUGUACUUGUUAACCAUGUCUUUCAUUUCAAGAAUACCGAGAUCCUUAUUGCCUGGGGUACGAAGCUCACGUUCGAGAGAUCGUUUGAAGGAAGAAAGAGAAUUGUCUGUAAAGAGAGCAUUUAUAGAAGAUGUCUUGUGUGAAAACAAUCGGGUGGCUAUUCUUCUCCAAAGAAAUUCCUACUACCACGCAGUUCUGUGGGAUGUUGAUUCACUUCCAUCUUCGAGUAAAGUAUCUGAACUCUGCCAUGACACAGAUGCUUCUGUGUUGACAUCAGUGGGGGAGAAUUCUCCUGCAAAAAAUGACAGUGCACAUGAUGUCAAUGAGCUGAGCAAGUAUAUAAGUUCUGUUGGUUAUGAUCUUGAUGAUGAUGACUUGUCAUACGACUUUCAAAUAGAAUCAGGGACUUUACCUUGUGUUGCUUGUGGCAUCCUUGGUUUUCCAUUUAUGGCAGUCGUGCAACCAUCUGACAUAGCAUCGGUUGAUCUUCUGCGUGUGGAUCCUGUUGCUGUUCCUGUGGAAUCUGCUCGUACCUGUAAUGUGGUGGAAGGUUCUUCUGAAGAUGCGAAGAUGAAAUCUAAGUUGAGCAAAAAGGAUCUCCACUAUGUUGCUGAAACAUCUUUAGCUGCCAAAAAAUGUCGGCCCCUGGCCCAUGACCACUCCCCAUCUUCAAAUCAUGACACUGUUUCUCCGGAUGUUAAGAUAGACAUGGGUUGGGACAUAUCUAAUGUAUCUCGAAAACCAAGGAUAUUUUGUCUAGAGCACGCGAUUGAAAUUGAAAAAUUGUUGAGUUCGAGAGGCGGAGCAAAUGUUCUUGUGAUUUGUCAUUCAGACUUUCAGAAAAUAAAGGCCCAUGCUGCAGCCAUUGCAGAGGAGAUAGCUGUUCCUUUUAGUUAUACAGAGACGCAACUGGGUAAUGCUUCUCCCGAAGAUCUGAAGCUGAUCGAUAUUGCUAUUGAUAGAGAAGAAAAAGUCACCCGUGUAGAAGACUGGACGUCGUUGUUGAAUAUCAAUCUACAGCAUUGUGUGAAGAUGAAGAAGAGUUCUCCAUCUGUGAAUGUUCGGCAUUUACUGAGCUUGGGCGGAUUGUUUCACAAUGCAGCCCCUGUUUCAGAUGCUUCCCGCACAAAGUGGCUGUCGAGAAAAUUACGUUCAAAGCGCCAUCAGAAACGUCUCUUGCAGAGUAAACCCUUCCCCAGCUUUGAAGCUGCCAAGGAGGAUAUGAAUGGGAAAAGCGAACAACAAACGGCUAAGAAAGAUGAAAAGCUUAUCCAAUAUUCGAGGAAGCGAUGCAAGGUCGGUGUUUCUGUAGAAAACAUAGCAGGAGAAACGGCCUCAGGGCCGACUGUAUUACCUUCUCAUGGAGCGUCCGAGUUUCAUGGUGAGCACUUGAUGGCUUCAUCCUUUGAAUCUCACUCUGCCAACUCCACUGUUGCCUCCACUCCAGUUGAGAAUGCUUCGGAAAAAUCUGGUGAUUCGUGUCAUGACAUCAAGGCGGCCGAUGGUGGCAGCCAGGAAAGUGAGAGGUGCAAUUCCGAGACUGUUGGCUCGACUACGGAUAAAAAUGGGAUUGAUGAUGUUGCAGGAGAUGAAAUUCCGAGAGAGGAAGACACUGUUGAUGAAGCCGCUCUGCCAAGCGAAGCUUGUGAUCGGCUGGCGGAUAAUGACUGUGCGGUGCCGGAUAAUGUUCAGUCUGAUGGAUGUUGUGAGAUUGAAGAAACUUCUAGACACGACGACUGUUCAAACGCUUCAGACGAAGAGCAGGUUGAAACAGCGUCUGAUCAACUUGCCACAGAGAAUGAGGUACCGAAUUCCUCAAGCUCUGAAGGACAGCGGUCUGUACAGACAGACGAAGAUGAUGAUGACAAUCAAGAGAGAGUUAUUUCGACUCCUGAAAAUUGUGAAGGUGAGACUAAUGAAGCCAGCAAGCCCAUCGCUGAGCUGGAGGAUAACAGUGUCGAUGAUCCCAAAACAGAAGCCGGAAGCAAAAGGAAAAGGAAAAGAGAACUCCUCGGCCUGCAAUUAGAUGAUCACGUCCAUUUCAGCGGCUUUACCAGAAGCCCGUGCGAGGGGUUGAGACCUCGGGCAAGAGAAAAUCCAUCAACUCGUGUUACUGACAACAGGGAACCAGAUGAGGAAGCACCGGCAGUGAAGAAGUCGAGGAAGGCUGCAGAUCAGCCCGUCCCUCGCAAGGAGAAGAAAGGAAACGCAAAGGGACGUCAUCAGUGUGAGUUAGACGGCUGCACAAUGAAGUUCCGGACAAAGGCUGAGCUACUCCUGCACAAAGGAAACCAGUGCCCGGUCGAGGGGUGCAGGAAGAAAUUCAACUCCCACAAAUACGCCACACUGCACCAGCGCGUCCACGACGAUGAUAGGCCUCUGAAAUGUCCUUGGGACGGCUGCACAAUGUCGUUCAAGUGGGCCUGGGCAAGAACUGAGCAUCUACGCGUGCACACGGGAGAGAGGCCAUAUGUCUGCAAAAUCAAGGGAUGUGGUCUCACCUUCAGAUUUGUAUCAGAUUUCAGCCGGCAUAGAAGAAAAACCGGACAUUAUGUAAGCCCACCAGCGUAGGUGUUCGUCUCUCUCCUUUUACGCGUUAGCAAUGCAGUUUUCUUGGGCUAAGGAGCUCAAGAAUGGUGUAAGGUAUGAUCCAUUCUGGUAAUAGCUUAGGUUAGGGAAGAUGAAACUGUUGAAAGUAGGCCAUUUUUAUGUGUUGUUGAACCUUCUGUUAUUUUGUCUGUGCAAUGCAAAAACAUUGAAAUUCUUAAUUGUAAUGAUAAUUGCAAUUUUUUUUA